CGCAUAUGAUGCAACAGCAUGCCAAAAAGUAAAAGAAGAAGUAAAGGCAUCAUCAUCCUUUUUACACUACUUGCAGAUGGUUGUACAGUCGUUAAAUCGGUCUUGUUUCUCUGUCUCUGUUCAGAUGGUACAACUGCUCGUCACCAGUAUGAUUCAUUCGUCAUCGUACUGACACUCAUCGUGGUCCUCUCAUCGGUGGUGCAAUGAUCGUGAUUCGAAGUUGGAUUCUUCAUGGAAUUCGCAAAGAGAAGAUACAAUGCAGAUACAGUCGUACUAUUUGAAGAAUCUGCACCAUAAGGGAGUAGAGCAAAUAAGAGAAACCAUCGCUAAACCUUCACCUAGUCGUAGUAUUGUUAUCUGCCCAAACGGCAUAGGCAUGCACCCAUUAUGACCCCAAAUAGUCGAAACGACGACAAAACCGCCCCAGUUUAGCUCCUGCUUUCUAGCAGGUUCUUAACUUAUCGUCAAGAUAUCGUUGAAACGUUCAGAAAUAUGCUUUUUGGAAGUCUUGUGGUGAUUCUAAAUCUAUUUUAGUGUGUUUCUUUGACAUUUGAGAGUCAUGAAACUUACUACAUUGAUUAAAACUGAUACAAUUGUUGAAUUAUUCGUUGAAUUUGAAUUCAAAUUGUCAAUUUGAAGGGAAUAUCCAAGAAUUUUCAGUUAUAUUCCAUUUUAAUUGAAUUCAUUUCCUGAGGAAGAGCUUUCAUCCACAAUCAAAACUGACUCAGAUCUUCAAAUUAUGCUUUGGAUCAAGACUAAGUGUCUUCCAUUAGCACAAAUAGGCACUAGUGUAGGUGAAUAGAAGCUAAAACUUCAUAGUUUUCGCUAAGAAUAGUCUUAAUCUUAGGAAUUUCAACUUAUGACACCAUUUUUGAUGCUAUCUAUACCACAUGAAGUUAAAAAAGUGAUGAGAAUGAUAACGAAAACCCCACGAGAAUAGCCAGUUUUCCUUGCAAAAACUUGCUAAGUGUGUUCCUAAUUGAUGCAAAUCUAACUAAGCCUACCUCUCUCGACUACUUACGUUGCAUUCAGUAGUAGAUUUCGUCGUAAUACUAGAUUACGAGAUACUCAUACUCUUCUCGACGACAACGGGUGCAAAGGAAUAGUAGUAGCAGACAGUGGCACUCAUCGACCGUUGGUAUUUACAAGCAGUACUCCUACUCCAGUGCCAGCAGUAGACCAGGAUUAGACCACUUAGUACUAGAUUUAGAAGCACCACUCCUACUCCAGUACUACCAGUAGCAGUACUAUUAGAUACGACUACGUACUGCCCAACCUCCAUCAAAAAGAAACAAGAUCAGGAAGGAUGUUGGGGUCCAUGAGCAAGUCGAUGAAGAGCUCUUCGAAAAAGAAGAAGGACAAGGGGAAAGAGGAGGAGAAUAAGGUAUCCCCGGAGACGUUGGAGAAGGAGAAACUUAUGGCCAGGCUGUUCUCUUCGCAUAGCACUGAUUGCAUAUUUAUUGUUCAGGACUGCCAAUUUUUUUAUCAGAUACUAUCUAAUCUUAUCCUAGUACAAUGUAUGUUGCUGUUUUCCUCGACUGCUGGGAAACAAGGAAAGAAGAUCUUGUUGUUUUUCAUGCCGUAAGAAGGCGUGAGGGAAAUCUUAGGCAGAUUGCCGAAUAGAUUCACAUCAUCACGCGCAUCCUCUAAGAACCAGGCUGAACGCGAUGCGCGGCAUCGUAAGAAGGUGGAAGCGAUGAAAGACCAAGUCCCGGAGGAGGUGACUAAGUUAAGGCUCCCCCUAAUGAUCCAUCUCCGCAGGGAAGCGUCGAUCCUACCUCGGAGGGAGGCUUUGCGAAGGGGAAAAGGCACCCUCCAGGAUGCAUCUUCACGAUUUUCGAGAGGAAAAAGCCACCCUCCAGGAUGCACUAGUAUCUCAAGAUGGAAGAUUACGGCUAGCUCUAAGUAAGAGGGGACCGGAAGCCGUCAGAGUGCACGACAUCAUGCAAGAAUUUGCCGCAGAAUGGGAAAUAACACAAAUCGCCAAGCGAGCAGAAGCGAUGAAAAUUUAUGAUCUGUGUUAAGAUGGGUGAGGAACAAUCUGUGUUAAGCAUUUGAUUUUUAUGUGGAGAAGGCUUAGGUGUAAGAGAGUGGCUAGUAUUUCUUUUACCCAUAUUAAGUAAUAUCUUCCUAUUAAUCUUAAAAACAACUAUGACUAUCAACUAAGGGACAGGGACCACUGAAACGUACACACUCUUUUUUAUCCAAGGUGAAAAAUUCUAAACCAUAGUGGAGCCAGAUACGACGGUAGGGCUAGCCGCUUUGAGUGCAACACACGCUGCGGCGCAUGGGCUCACCAUCAUGAGUCCGAAAAAAAGUACUGUAUCUAGCGUCUUGGUACGAUAUGUUUUUAACCCAAGAAUAGAUACGAAUCGAUCCAUAGUCGAAAACAUUCUAUCCUACGACAAGUGAAAGCCUCUUCCCCACAUUCGAAAACUUAGGUAAAGAGGAGAUGGAGAGUGUCGCGAUGGCAGCUGUUAGACGGGUGACAGAAGUGCCACACCUAAAGAAGGCACUGGUGUUGCAGCAGAGUCAGAAUUUAAGGCUUUAUUUUUCCUUAUCAAAAUUUAUUCGGAAAAUAUCGAUUGAUACACGGAGAAUGAAAGAAUAAAGUAGGGCUUGCGGCUCCUCUAUAUUCGACAUGUCGUGUUGUAUCUCAAAAUCAUAGAGAUAGUACUUCAAUCAUAGUUACUCUACCCCCUACUCAGUUUUGACGAGCCAUGUAUCUCACCAUGAUGUCCAUAUUAACUUAUCAAACCAUAAUGCUCUAUGUAUACCUCAUCAUUGCGCCUCCCCUCCUCGCCGUGUGUUCUUUUUCUACCUCUCGCCUUAUGCAUACGCCUCCUCUUCAUCCUCUCCUGGCCUCUACUUCUAAAAGACACUGCUGCGUACAAGAUUUUUAUGCGGAUGUACCUUGCCAUUUUUUUUUGGUUUCUCACCUCUACCAUCUGGCUCAUUUACUCCGGCCAGCACUACUUUACCUCGACGUUGCCAAGUCUUCGGGACAUUUAUUUCGUGAACGGUGGCGCCGCUCGAAUCGAGGCUGCGUUUGAUGGGUACGUGCAGAACCAACUGAUCGUCCCCAUCCAGUCGCUCGCGAAUGCGAUUGCCCUUGGAGCAUUUGAUGAAGGCUACGAUUUGUUAUGGCUUAGGCUUCUUCUAUUUUUCCAUCUUCAUCAUCCACCGAGACAUCAUCUUAUCAUCUACUUCGAGAGAUUUCAUUCUCAAGUAAGGGGGGGGGCGGGAGUGAGGGGCUCCAUUCUCAAGGCGCAUGAUCCUGGAGUGAGAGGCUCUAUUCCCAAGGGAGGGCAUGAUUGAUCCUGGAGUGAGAGGCUUUUUAAGGGAAGAGAACGAUAAGAAAGAGCGUAGAAGGAUGCAGCAUCUGAAGACGAUGGAGUAGGACGAGCUCUAAAUUUCUUCCCCAUGCAACUCGUGGUGCUGUCCGCUCUGAAUCAGCUGACGCAGGUUUCCUCGAUCGAGUUGGCUUUUCAGAACGAAGAGGAAGCUCCAGUGGGCCUUGCAUCUAGUUCCACAACAUCAAAUCUGCCUAGUAGCUCUGGUGGAGGAGGUGGAACCAAUGUGGAUGACCUGUCUUCAACAUUAAGGCUAGAAGUACUUUAUGCUAUUAUAAAUUUUUUGUUUAUGAUUGAUCAGAUUGAUCAGCUUAGCAAGCCAGUAAUAUCAGCAUCUUGCUUAGGCCCUUGUUUUCUUAACCUUUAUAGUAGAGGAAAACGGUCACCAAGAUGAGAAGCUGCUAGUUCCUUACGAAAAAUUAAAAUUUCAAUUUCUUUUAGCUCUAAUAGCAGCAUCAAUCAUAGCUCAAGCAUUGGCUUCGAUGGCUGCAUCACAGGCGUCUUCUUCCUCAUCUAGUACGUUUGGUAGCACAUCAUCUGGCACAAUAGGAAGUGGAGGCAGCUCGUCAGGCACGUCUUCUUCCGCACCAGUUGGCGUUUUCAUUCCUGGUCUGCCUUUGACAGAAGCAGGAAGUGCUUAUGAAGAGGAAAAGUAGAGUCAACUUGUUCUAUUUCAUUAUCAUGGCCCUCGUCAGGAUUUACAUUUGGAGGAGGUGCAGGCUAGUUUUGUUUCUUUUAGUUGUUGUCAUCUUCGCGUCAUUUGGACUCGUCACGCCGACCAUUGAGUGUGGAUAUUUUUGGCCAAAAUGAUCUACUUCUAGGCAUUUUGAUUGUUCUCCUUUCAUAGUUCUAGCGGAGGUACUACAGCGACUUCUGGCGCGAAUGAACAUCAAGCAUUUUGGACACCUCUUACUAGUGGAGGCAUACGGUUUCGGAGAAUAGGCGAAAACAGGAAUCUGCAACUAGAGUUAAGAGAACUUUCGACACCGACGUAAGCAAAAGUAUGAGUCUCUCAACGAGAGAGCAUUUAUUAGGUCUUAGCCAGGUGUAUCUUCUACUUUUGAAAACAGUGAAAAGCGCUAUCGUGCUGAAGCGACAUCAAGAAGAAAAACUCAAUGUUGUACUUACGUAAAAAAGAAUGAGUGCUAGUUCAGUUCUAGAACAAGUCGUCCCUUCGAUUGUCCGUACAAGAUCAUGAUACUUAAUUCUUCUAAUCACAAGCGACCUGUAUCCUCCGUGUAUUGCUGAACCUUUCGCCUGCAGUCGGAAUUUGUCAGUUAUAGGAGCACCCUGGCACACGCGUUUGGGCGACGUCUACAUUCCACAACAGGCGCGACUGUGGCCACUUGCUCAGAGUACAUCAGGAGUAACUCAGGACAGUGUCUUCACAACAGCAAACGCAAAUAGUAACGUGGAUGGAGCUCGUGCAGUUAAGAUGUAGAUUAAGAAGUGCUCCCGUGUUGUCUUUGAGAUUUGUUAAGACAAUUUAUUACUCAAGAACAUGGAUUCUGCCAAAGUGUACGACUCUUUGUUUUUCAACGGAAAAAAGAAGAGAUGUCCAAGGAAGGUGGAGGCUAUGGGUUUCGAGGUGGAAGAUGCGACGCAAUAAAUUUUUAGCUCUCUAAUGUAGGAGCAGGAUCUAGUAGUGGUAGUAUGGGAGAGGAAGAUGCCAUGGUAAUGGUUGACCCACAUACCGUAAUUCCCACCGAUCCCCUGACUGUUCUGCGAGCAGCGCAAGACGAAGCCGGACUAGGCAUAUUGUUCAACAUGUACACUGAGCAGGAAAAGCUGGGCUACACCCCGCCGGCAUUGGCCUUCCUUGGCCAGGAGACCGAACGAAGGCUCAAAAUCCCGUUCGAGCUGUUCUCAGGAAUCAUUAAGGCAAUAGUAUGUGAGUCACAAUUAUCCCGCUAUCUCUACGAGGUUCGUUGUAUAGGGGAUUUGCUUGAUCAUGUGGAGGAAGAGACGAAUUUUUCCAGGGAAAUAGAAAAACAUCGUCAACAGAAGAUCUCUCGUCAACCACUGAUCAGCAUCUUGAUUACGCCGUACUAUGAUCCACCGCUAAUGUAACUACUGGCGAAUCUGCGGCGACCCCGUACCUGUGUCCUGUAGGGCAGACUCCGGACCUACGGCAAUAUCUCGAACUCUACGGUUUCGUCUUUGAGGAUGGUAUGGACAAGGACUCUGAUGACCACGCUUGUGAAUGAAUUUGCAUUACAUUUUGUCAUUCGGUAUAAUGCCUUGACUUCGAGUUCACUUGAUGAAGAAGAAGAUGGCUAUUUUUUACUUACAAUUUACCCCGUAUUUCCACGAGAGCCACGAGAGCGAGAUGACCUUUUUCAUCUUCGGGACGAAUAUUGCUAGCAUGAACGGGACAGUGUAUCCGCAGUCGUUGGCUGACUAUCGUUAAGGCUCCACAAAACCCAACCCCGCGCACAGCCUGCGAAAGUACUGCGCUGGUGGUGCCUCGUGGAUUCUCGGGCUGUACUGAGGCAAGUACUGGGGCGGUACUUUUUCGGGAUCUAUUCACGGGAUGGGUUAGGGGUGCCUCUAAUAUCGAGCCGAGUACAUGGCGAUGCGAGACGAUGUGACGAAGCUGAGCUGUGACUGUGAGACCCCAGGCUUUACUCUAGACCCUCAGGCAGGCCUAGUGUGUCCUUUGACAGGCAAUUUCACAAGCAAUGCGACAGUAACAUCCUCUUCAACCGCAGAGAGUGGAGCUGAUGGAGGCGCAGGCACUUCUGUUAAGGCUUCUUUUGAAGAUGAACGGUCAGUGUAUGUCUGUGUAGACAGAAAGACGAGCGAUUCUUUCAUGAAUUAUCAAUCUUUUUAUUGUCGCUAGGGCUACGCCUAUUAGGCCAAAAUGUUACAGUAAGACUAUUUGAAACAUGAAGAUGAACUUGUUCUGGUUAUGCUCUAACAGCUACAGUACGACUGCUGGCUCGGAUCAAGAGAGUACUAGUGGUAGUGGAGGAGCCUCCUCUUCCACGGAUGAAGGAAGCGCCGCAGCAGGCUCUUCUGGUGGGGUCGUGUUUCCAUCAACGCCGACAACGACAACAACAAUUAAGGCUACCUCUGUAGUGCAUCUUCACACGCAUCCUUACAUAGUAUGCAUACUAUAGUUUGUUGGAUGGUUCCUUUAUUAUCUCACAGGUUCCUGAGACUGCUCUCGAGGCCUUCAUGCAGGAAGUGGCUGAAUUGUUGGCACCCCAGUGAAAGCACUUCAUACAGGAUAUGGAUAGGCUCUACCCAUCUCCCACUUUCUAACAAAUCCAAUUAUGGUGUGGAGUGUCUACGAUCUGGCAGCAGCACUGGCGCUCUAUCCUCGGCAAGUGCAGGCCACCGCUCGGCUCCAGUGCAGUUGAGUGAGCAGUACGAGGGAGGGAUAUACACCGAAUGGGAGACGUCGUUGCCCCAGCGGGUUAGCCCGGGUGACACCCAGGUUGCUCUCGACUCCACUCAGGUUGAUACAGUUAAGACAAGACUAAGGGGAAGCUGUUGCACAAGUAAAAGCAGGUAGAGAGUCGAAUACUCGUCAGAAACUAGCGGGGCCUUUUGAGAUAGUUCAAAGUCAAACUAUUUCCUUGAAGACAUGCUAGAGUGGUGGAAAGAGUUACUCAUCUUCUAGACGAAAUCUAAGUAGAUAAAUAGACUUGCGGAUAAAAUUCUGAUGAUUAGUUGGAUCUAAUACACUGCAGACGAUUUCGCUGCUAUUCAAAUUGCCCAUGGUGAGGCAGGCAGGUUCCUUGUGGUCUGACAUGGAAGACUUAUGACUGGGUAAAUGCUUAUAUAUACAUCCUGGAAGUGAGAUUCUGCUCUUGAAUGCGCAUUGAGUCUUCAUCUACACAAAGAAUCCUCGUGAAGAAUCUUUGAUGCUGAGUCUUCAUCGAUCAGUAGAAUAUCUUGAGAGAAAAUUCAUCAAAUAGGCUCCGGAAGUCAGAACUUGUUGCUUCUAAUCAUAGUACAAGACGCAGGAAUUGUGACGGCGCCGCCUUUGCGACGUCUACCUGUCGAGGAGCCGAGGACAUCUUCAGAGCAGACCACUAAAGCAACUUCACCUUCUUCAGCCUCUUCUUCACAAACUUCAUCUUCUUCAGAAACUACAUCAAGUCCUUCUAGCAGGACAACAUCAUCGUCAAAGAGGACCAAGAGUAGAAGAAGGAGACUGCCGAUUCCUGGUGCCGUCACGAAGCAGUCAGCGGGGACGAUCUUUGGGCCAAAGACAGUUUGGCCAGAAGAUGAAGCCUCAGUCAGGAAGAUGACACAGACGCUAAAGCUGUUUUUGCAGAAUAGUGGUGAGCAAGUCGUGGAAGGAGAUCGUCAAGUUUUGGACCGCGGAGAUCGUCAGCUCUUGGAAGGAGAUCGUGGUCAAGUUUUAGACGAGGGAGGUCGUCGAGAAGUCUUAGCAAAUGGAGACCCUGAACAACUCGUAGAAAAAGAUCGCGUUCAUCUUUCAGGAGCUGGUGGUCUAGAACUAGAUGUUGUCGCAGGUCAGCGCCAGACCCCUGCAACUGAUCAGCGCAAAUUAGCUCACACCUCGACCGAAAUCGUUGGAUUUGCCGGCGAACAGCUCAGAAUCCCGGAUUAUAUGUUGAUAUGGAGCGUCGAAGUGCAGUACUAA